UUUUUAGGGUAUCUUUAUCCAAUGUUGUCCUCCUCUGUCUCAAUGCCCCAAAAUCGUGAACCAUCUGAAAAUUCUUCAGACUCUUCGAAUUGAAUAUUAGCUCCUAACCUAUCCUUGUUUAAACUUCCUUUAUCAAAACUGGAUUCGCAGAGAAAAUGAGUACAGAGGAACCUCAUCUCUCUCCGAUUUUUGAAUUUCUGGAACAAGAAUAUCUCAGACAAAUCUGCUCCGUCCAGUUGGGGUCUGAAUUCUACUUUCUUGGUGGGGAACAUGACUUGAGGACGAAUUAGCUCCUCUUGAUCAAUUUUUGUUGACGGCAAAGGUUCGAUGAAAAGGGGUGUGUCUAUGAACGCCGGAAAAUGUGAUCCAUGUGCAGUUGUGGCUGAUGGUAUGAUUUUUGUUCUUAGUAGCAGCCUUGUUUUUAACGUCACUGUACCUGGUUAUACCGAGAAAGGGAUGCCCAUCGAUAAUUCUAUCAGAUUUUUUGAAUGCUUUGAUCCUGAGAGCGAUAAAUGGAUGGUCCUUGAUGAUCCGCCAAUAGAUAUUCCGACCUUGUGGCGCUUCUUCUUCGUUGGCGGAAGGAGUAUUUUCUUUGUUGGCGGUGACGCAGACGGUUUCAGGGUACUUUCAGGCUUCAAUCUCAACACCUUAGAAUGGACAACCUUGACGAAGAUGGAGAAGGAGAAGAUUACUGCUGAGGCUUCAAUCUCUGUUAUCUGCUUACUGGGUCAUCUCCUUGUGGUUUGGGAUUUCCUGCUACUAUUCCAGAUGAUUACUCCCGCGCUGUUAAAUUGUUUAUCCAAAAAUUGUUUAUUCUGCCAGUCUUGAGAUCAAAACUUCAUUAAUUAAUAAUGGUGAUAUCAUUAACUGCCAUAUCCUUAGCCCAUUCUAAGCAUAUCCCAGAUGUUGAAGAGGUUUCGAGACCAAGGGGUGGAGAACUUUCUAAAAUCCCUAUUGAACUAAAAAGUGGUGAUUGGAUUGUUAAAAUAGUUGCCUGGAUUGGGGGUUCAAUUAUUUCCAUGGAGCACCUUCCUGCAGGUAAUGAUCAUAUUUUGGUGAAAGCAUUCCUUUUAAUACCGGGGCUGGGAUCUCCAUUUUUCAUUUCCUUUCCCAACACCACCCCCUCUAUCCGCCACCCCACCCUUCUCCCAAAAAAUAAUGAUAAAGAUAUUGAUAUUGAUAAUGAUAAUAAGAGGAAAAAGUUGAAGCUUUUUUGGA